AUGGCGCCACGAGCCACCAACCUGGUUUUGUCUCUCAGGGCAUUCUUAUGGUUCGCUUCAAUCUUGCUCUUUGGAGCCUCCGCUCAGACCCCGGCUUGUUAUGGAUUUGGAGAUCAAGGGGUGAUGAUAGCAGCAGCCAGCAAAGCAAUUUGGAAUGGCGGUGCCGCCUGCGGCCAAUCCUACCAAGUCGAGUGCAUCAGCGCGAGGAACCUCGGCGUCCCAAAGCCAUGCCGUGAAGGCGCUUCGGUGGUGGUGAAGAUUGUGGACCUUUGCCCUGCCAACGUGUGCCGAGGAACUAUUGAUUUGUCACGAGAAGCAUUUGCAUCUAUAGCGGAUCCAAAAUUCCAAACGCCGGAGAUAUCAACAUAA